AUGUCUGCUAACGAGUUCUACGAUUCGGGCAACAAGGACGAAUACAGACCCAAUGAGCUGCGUGUCUCUGGGGGCGAGGGCAACCAGGACCGUGGCUUUGUCGAAGACGUCAUUGCUGGCGCCCUGGGCCGGGGGUCAGGCUUGAGUGCCGGCGGCAUUGUGGGGUCGAUGUUGCACGACAAGAUCUCUGGUGGCUCUCAGCACAAGCAGAACACCGGCGGUCUUGGUGGUAUGCUUGGUGGCGUGCUUGGUGGCAACAACCAGCAACAACAGCAGCAGCAACACAAUGAAGGUGGUCUCGGUGGCAUGCUCAGCUCGGUCUUGGGUGGAGGCAACAACCACCAAGGCGGUAACCAAGGCGGUAACUACAACCAGGGUGGUAACUACAACCAAGGCGGCAACCACAACCAGGGUGGUUUGGGCGGUAUGCUUGAAUCCGUGUUGGGUGGUAACAACCAAGGCAACCACCAAGGCGGUAACCACAACAACUACGGUGGCAACCACCAGGGCGGUAACCACAGCAAUUACGGUGGCAAUGACAGCUUCGGCGGUCGCAAUGACAACUAUGGUGGCCGUAACGACAACUACGGGGGCAGAAAUGACGAAUAUGGUGGUCGUAACGACAACUACGGUGGUCGCAAUGACAACUACGGUGGUGGCAGAAACGACAACUACGGUGGUGGUAGAAACGAUGACUUCGGUGGCAGGAACGACAACUACGGGGGCAGAAAUGACGACCGCUUUGGUUCUGGUGGUUUCCUGCGUGAAGACUUUGGCUACGGCAGCGGAGGUGGUCGUGGCGACAACCGCAGAGACGAGGGCGGCAGAUGGUAA